GCAUGUCUCAAAUAUCAGAAUUCUUAUAAUAUCAGAUUAAGCUAAGAGAGAACAAGUUGCCUUAUUAUCCAGAAGAAGAAAAGAAAAAUAAAGAAAAAGCAAAAAAAAAAAUAUAAAACCAUAAAAUUCCAAAAAACACAAAAGAUUCUGCCUAUAAAUUUUAUACAAAACCAUCAGUAUGAAUUUUACAUCAAUUAGGAAUUCCCAAACGAAAAAGAUGGAUAAAAUUGGAGAAUGGUUAAAUUUAAAUCUCUAUUUCAGUCCACGCCAAAAUAUGAUUAGUUUGUAUGAUAUAAUUAUCUUAAAAAU